CAGUGUACGAGGGACACAGCGGAUCACCAAUCCACGGAAAUAGCCGAAGAUGUCGGCUCGGUCAUGUGAUCAGCUGUGUCCAAUCACAGCUGAUCACAUGGGACAUGUACACAGAUCAUCAGAGCACUGAUAAUCAGUGUGCCCUGAUGAUCUGUGUAGCCCCAGCAGCGCCACCUGUCAGUGUCCAUCAGUGCCAGCUCUCAGUGCUCAUCCAUGCCACCUGCCAGUGACCAUCAGUGCCACAUUUCAGUACCCAUCAGUGCCACAUCAAUGCCACAUAUCAGUGCCCAUCUGAGCUGCCUUUCAGUGUCACCCAUCAGUGCCAGUCAGUGCCACCUAUCAAUGCCAGUCAGUGCCACCUAUCAAUGCUGCCAAUCAGUGCCAGUCAGUGCCACCUAUCAGUGUGCAUCAGUGCCGCCUAUCAGUGCCCGUCAG